GCGUUUCAGGUGCGCUGUAGCCGUUGCGUUGUCUAGAUUCUUUGUACCAUUCCUGGCAUACCAAUAACAGCCAAACUCCUCAUAUUUACGGACCAAAAUCCGUCCUAAUUAUCCCCAGAAUCGGCGCAGGGCCCCGCAGUAAUAUUUUUGUGUUUUAGGCUAAAUAUCCGUUAGAAUGUGAGCAAUGUGUCCACAAUUCCUCCAAUACUUUACAUACUUGUCAUGCUUGCUGUUACGAAGUUCUGACGACUGACAUCGUCGGCGGGUCUCGGUCUUGCCUCAAUUUCGAACGGGCUUUUCGCGAAAAUUUUCUCUGCUUUUUUUUGCUCUUUGAUCGGGUGGAAAACGCGUGUUUACCAUUGGGUCGAUCGAUCCGACCAGCGAGUGAAUUGUGAAAUUGUUGUGCUGGACAUGUUGUGCGCUCGCUGACCGUUUCUUAUUAUGAAUCGACACUUUGUUUACAACAAUCGACAGUGGUGUUUGUUUGGGGUGCCGUUUGUGCAAUGAUUUUGAUCGACAGUGAACGGUGGUGACUGUGACGUCUGCCGACGGACUAUUUGGAUUAUAACCACCUGUUCAUAACACCAAACGGGGGAUGUAUUUAGGCAACGUGGUUUCAGCCGGCACCAUUUCCUCGCCGUGGACGCCCGUCACCGGCCCGCCCGCCGACUCCAACGGCGCGGGUCCGGAUACAAAGAAUCUAGAUGUUGGAGACGUCAGCGAUGAUGAAAAGGAUAUGACAGCGGCAGAUGCUGAAGGAGUAUGGAGUCCGGAUAUCGAGCAGAGUUUUCAGGAAGCGUUAGCUAUAUAUCCUCCGUGCGGUCGACGGAAAAUCAUAUUAUCAGACGAAGGAAAAAUGUAUGGUCGGAACGAACUCAUAGCGCGAUAUAUCAAAUUAAGGACUGGAAAAACACGUACAAGAAAACAAGUCAGUUCACACAUACAGGUUUUGGCCAGGCGAAAACUGAGGGAAAUCCAAGCCAAAUUGAAGGUAGACCAUGCAGCCAAGGAGAAGGCUCUGCAAACGAUGUCGAGCAUGUCAAGUGCGCAGAUAGUGUCAGCUACUGCAAUGCACAGCAAGUCAGCAGGUCUGAGUCUUGGUCUAACUCCCCCCGUCUCCUAUACUGGAGCGCAGUUCUGGCAGCCGGGCUUGCAACCAGGAACCAGUCAAGAUGUUAAACCGUUUACACAGUCGUCGUAUCCUGCUGGCAAGCCUGCGACAGCAGUCUCUGCAGGAGACGUUGGACCGCUGCAAACAGCCCCACCUCCGGUCUGGGAAGGUCGGGCCAUAGCCACACAUAAACUUAGACUUGUUGAAUAUUCGGCCUUUAUGGAAUCGCAAAACAGAGACGAAGCAUAUCAGAGGCACUUAUUCGUUCAUAUAGGCGGCCCGGCUUUAUCAUACACCGAUCCCUUGCUUGAGGCGGUGGACGUCCGACAAAUCUACGACAAAUUCCCGGAGAAGAAAGGAGGUUUGAAGGAACUGUACGACAAAGGACCCCAGAACGCCUUCUUCCUUGUCAAAUUCUGGGCUGAUUUGAAUUCCAAUAUUCAAGACGAGGCUGGUGCCUUUUACGGUGUGACGAGUUCGUACGAAAGUAACGAAAAUAUGACCAUCACAUGUUCGACGAAAGUGUGUUCGUUUGGUAAACAAGUGGUGGAAAAGGUGGAGACGGAAUACGCCCGUUACGAAAACGGCCGAUUCGUUUAUAGGAUCCACCGAAGUCCCAUGUGCGAAUAUAUGAUCAAUUUCAUACACAAACUCAAACAUCUACCCGAAAAGUACAUGAUGAACAGCGUCUUAGAAAAUUUCACCAUACUACAGGUGGUGAGCAAUCGAGACACGCAAGAGACCUUACUGUGUACGGCGUACGUGUUCGAGGUGUCGACGUCAGAACACGGCGCCCAACAUCACAUCUACAGGCUUGUAAAAGACUAGCGGAAUCAAGGGCGAAAAAAAUCCCUUCACUUCAGUGCCUACACCCUCACAAUACUAGUAUUAUUAUUGGUUACAUACGUUAGAAAGUAGCUAGGUAAAUUACAAAACGAAAUUGCCAUUUGAUGAUAUAUCAUGUAAAGCUAUCUCUUGAAAUUUGAGUUGCCCUUACGUAAACUUGAGUUGAGUUCUGCUUUUGUGGUAUAAAGUACUGUAGGAAAAGUUAUAUAUUUUUUGUUUUAUAUAUUAUAGGUUUAUUUCUCGUCGUACUUUAGUUUAAGGUUUUGAUAUUUUAUCAUGUUUUACUCAGAUUUGGAAAUAUCUGCACAUAUCCGAAGUCGCAGCUAUUCAUUGAUUUUGGUUUAGUGACUAAUGUUGCUAAACACUUAUUUAUUGCUAGAACAACAAAAUUUACUUAGUUAAGUUACUUACUUUGGAUACUUGAGAUACCUUGAAUUUAUAAAGUUUGCUAUUUGUGAUGAUAAUUUUUAACAUUUUAUAUAGAUUUUUAUAAUAUUUAAAAUACCCAGUAUUUUAAUUGUAAUCAUUAAAGUUUUUCGCCAAUUAAUAAUUUAGCUUUAUGAGGUGUCUUCACAGAACACAGUCGAUGACGUGACUUAAAAUUAAUACAAUUAAUUUUAGUGUUGUUGUGAAAACACCACGGCCUUUGUGUUCAAUUUGGCUAUUUUGGAGCCAAUUAGACAAUAGAAAAACUAUUGUUAAACUUUCUGAGUGAACUUUCUUUCAUUUGCAUCGUGCAAUUUUGAAAAAUUACAUAGAAAACGUGGUAAUUGAAACGAUAUUAUGUAAUUUUAUGAUACAAGUGGCAAUGUUUUUGAUCUCUGAUUUAAUCUUUCGCAAAUUGUUUGAUUUAAGUCGGCAAUUUUGGUAGCUUAUAUUUUGUUAUUAUAUAAGAUUAAUUUUUACAUUUACUCAUUUCUAUUUACAUUUUUUCUUUUUCAUUAAACGUAACAGACUUUUAUUGCACUGGCACAAAAGAUUAUCUUCCAUGAAGAUAAAACUUCGUUCAGGCUAUGAUUUUUUGAUCAUUGUUACUUAAUUGCUAGACUUAACUUUAACAUAAAAACCCUAGGUAAGAAAAAACAUUACAUAUGAACAAUAAUUAUUGUAAAUUAUCAUUUGUACUCUAAUGAAAGAUCUAUUUUAAAAAUAAAGUGUCAGUGUAAAAAGUAAAAUUGUAUAUAUUUCUAAAAAAUAUGGCGGCUAUAAAUAUUUUUAUCGUCUUACUGUAAGGUUCUUUAUAAAGUGUGCUAUAUUUAAUGAAGUUUUUUUAUUCAUAUCUGGAAAUGCCAUAUCAUGGAAAUUAUUGAAUCUUAUACUUUGCUCUGUAUGUGUACAGUAUUUUAAAUCAUGUUUAUAAUUUGUAUGGAAAUUAUAAUAAUUGAUAAAAACAG